CAGCUAUAGGCAACACAUGUUAUUUUGUUCUUGGCAGUCCAUACAAUUACAUAUUUGUUUACCACAGGUGAUUAGUUAUUUUUAUUCAUGCUCCGUAGCGUGUGAUGAAAAGAGCUACCGAAAUGGACCAAUUGACGUAUCAGACUGCUGUAAAAAAGGCACAACUGGUUGAGAGGAAUCCCCAGUUGCAGAUCAACCCCAUGCGUGUAUCCAUGCACCAGGAGGAGGAUAUAAUCGAAUUGGCCCAACAAAUCCAGAACGCUGACAAACAAUUGAAAAACACAACUUGCCACAAGCUAGGGGUCAUAAUGGAGCAGAUAAAAAUGCUUCAAGCCCAAGCCAUGGAAAUACUAAAGGAGUCCAAUCUCAACAGAGAUCUGCACAGUGCGGCCUGUAAUUUCACCAAAAAACCGGGACAAAUCUAUCAUCUAUAUCAAAGAUCAUCGGGUCAAAACUAUUUCAGCAUGUUAUCACCGGAAGAAUGGAAUCUUUCAGUUGACCAGACAUUUAAAGGCAGUUACAGAUUAGAAUAUGAUUUAAGCUGGACUCCAGUGGAAAAGAUUAAAGAGCAGGAUGAGAAGCUGAAGUGGGCGGAGCAGUGCAUGCAAAAGGCUUUAGACGGUGGGCGUGGUUCGGCCAUGGCAAUUGAUUUUAAUAUAAACAAUGAUUAAAAGAAUAUUAUUAAAAUUAUUUUUAUUAAGAUUAAUCUUCGCCGAAAAUGCAAUGAUAUUGAUUUUAAUAGCAAGACAAAUUAAUUUAAAUCUUAACAUAUUUAGGUUUUAAUAAAAAACAAAUACAUUUU